GUGUGAGGCUGAUAAAUCAUAGCUCUUGCAUUAUACCUUCCCUUUCUGCCUCUUUUUUUUUCCCCCUAACACAGCUUUUAUAGUUGUUUAAGAUCAGAGAAAACACCUGCCAGUUGCUUUUUCUUCUGUUUCGGUCCUUUCUGCUGCUUCGUGCAAGAUGGAGCUAGAAAAUGCAAUGAUCAGCUCCUCGAGCAGUUCCUCAGCAGGCUCCAGAGAGUACAAGGUGGUGAUGCUGGGAGCAGGGGGAGUUGGCAAAAGCGCAAUGACCAUGCAGUUCAUUAGUCAUCGGUUCCCUGACUACCAUGACCCAACCAUAGAGGAUGCCUAUAAAACUCAAGUCCGAAUUGAUGAUGAACCAGCCUAUUUGGACAUUCUAGACACUGCUGGACAGGCAGAAUUCACAGCCAUGAGGGACCAGUACAUGCGAGGUGGAGAAGGCUUCAUUAUCUGCUACUCCAUCACGGACCGCCAAUCCUUUCAAGAAGCAGCUGAGUUUAAGGAACUCAUUUAUCGUGUCCGGCACACCUAUGACAUCCCCGUGGUGCUGGUGGGAAACAAAAUAGACCUUGAGGAGUUCAGACAGGUCUCAACUGAAGAAGGAAUGAGCUUAGCCAGAGAAUAUUCCUGCUCCUUUUUUGAGACUUCAGCUGCCCUCCGUUUCUACAUUGAUGAUGUCUUUCAUGGACUAGUGAGGGAAAUUCGAAGGAAAGAGUCCUCACUGUCCAUGAUAGAGAAGAAGAUGAAGAGGAGGGAUAGUCUGUGGCGGAAACUGAAGGGAUCCCUGAAGAAAAAAAAGGAAAGCACAACCUGA